AGGUCGGGUCUUAUUUCACUGUAUCGUCUACAUUCGUCUACUAAACUUGUCCCAACAACACGUGCAUUCGUUCUCGACCUACUGCUGGGCUACUACUGGCUACUACUGUGUCUCUCCUACGAAAGACUUAAGACUUUUUGCUAAUAUACGAUGCCAACAGUAGACAAUAUGAAUUUGAUCGUCAAUAGAAAACGAAGAAGGACAAUCUCGAAAGAAAGGAAAAGAUUUCAGCCUUUGAAAAAAUGGAAAAUAACUAGCACAGAACCAACCGUGGAAGAUCGUGAUAUCAUCAGACGUUUAUCGAGUAAUGGAGUUAGCCACAUAGUCGAGCACAUUUUCAGCUAUUUGGAUUACAAAAGUCUAUCGAAUGCCGAAAGUGUGUCGUCUGAGUGGUGUGAAAUCUUGAAGAACGAAAGAAUAUGGAAGGCGUUAAUCAAGAGGAAUAUUGUCGUGGAUCCCGUUUGGCGUACAAUGUUUAGCAAAAUAAGAAAAUGUGGAGAUGCUGAAGUUGCACUGUGUGACGAUGCUUACAUGUCACGCAAAAUUGCCAAAGAUAUCGGAAAAUUGCAUCAACAGUUUGUCGAUCUCAUGUCAUCAUCAGUCAGUUUACUUUCGUCUUCUGUUAAACUUAUUUCCAAGGUACUGGAUAUGCUCAAAGUCGUUGGUUUCGGUGUUCCAGACAGUUAUGAAAGUGAUUCCGAAGAAGACUAAUUCAAUUUUGUUUCUGUAAUAAAUGUGUGUUUUUUUGUACGAUGAUAAAGAGUACUCAGAAGGAAAUUACAAGCCAUUUUUGUUUAAGGAAAAAAAUAUUUCGCCAUUUCGGUUAUUGGGUUUCUUAUUUAGCUUUAUUGGCCCAGAAAGGAGGAAAUCAAGAAUUAUCAUACGGGGUACAUAUGCUGCACAACUAAUAUUUUCAUCUCGUUCAAACAUGCCAACAAACUUUCCAGGAAGGAAAUUAUUACGGAAAAUAAAAGGAAAUCGGGGAUAUUAAACUCGGUAGACAGAAGGUUGUUAUUAGGCCGCUGGAAAUUAGACAAAAUUAUGAUCAAGCAAGACAACCCGGCACAAUAAAUGAGAACAGAAAUCAAGGACGUUGGAAAAGAGAAAGAGAUUUUCUUUCGCUUUAGAAAACACGAGUUUGGAUAAUUGUUUAUAUAUAUUGAACGACUGCCUGACAAAACUGUUAAAUAAUUGAACCAAAGUAAUAUUUUCCAGUAAAGUUGUGUGGACUUCUUGUUAAGAGAAAGGAAUAGAAAAAUACAAAAGGAAGGAAAAAAGGGGAAUUGUUAACGGGGACAACUAAACUCUAAGCCAACUGUUACAUAACUACCAACCAUCAAAAUCUGGGAGAGACACAACUAUCUAGCUAUCUUUCUUGG